AUGUCUGCGGAUUUUCAACCUUAUCGUCUUGACACUGAAUAUCCAGAAGAAAUAGAGCAGCUUGUCGAACUACAAAGACGUCAUACAGAAACACGCAAAGCUCAUAUUGAAAAUAUUAUAGUCGAUGAGGAUGACGACAGCUUUUCAGUUCAUGAGAAACACCCUCGAUUGAAUGCACCACCAGUGCCUGAUUUCCGUUAUGAGCAACAGGUAGAAAAGACAAUCAAGAAUCUAAGGGACAAGGGUACUUCUCCAAUUGGCAUAUUUUGGACUAUUGUAAUUCAAGAUCAGAUCAUUCUUCCGUUUGUCAGUGGAUUCGCUUGGUGUAUCUGUUCUAAUGCCUGGAAAUGGUAUCGAACAAGAGGCGUCGUCAAUAAACAAACUCCUAAAAGAACCAUGGGAUUCUUCCGUGGCCUUCAGCACGGUAUUACAGAAUGGACAAAGUAA